CCGCCGGGCCGGAGGAGGGCGGGGGAGGGCUUUCCCACAAUGCUUUGUGGGGACGUUGACAAGUGGAUCCAAGAUGGCGUAGAAAGUAAUGACAGGAUUUCUGUCCCUGAGUCAUGGCAGACAGAAGACCAGAGAAGGCAUGUGAACAAGCAUGUGAAUCCCUUAAGCAGCAGGAUUAUGAAGUGGCAGUGAAGCAUUGCACAGAGGCACUCCUUUCCCUGAGCCGCUGCCCCCCGGCUCAGCCCUCGGAGGCAUGCCGGGCAGCAAUCGACCGCAUCAAAAUCGAGAGUCUGCUGUAUAGAAUUGCUUCUUUUUUACAACUUAAAAAGUAUGGGCAAGCAGAUGAAGACUGUAGGCAUGUGCUGGGAGAGGGGCUGGCCAAGGGAGAUGGAUCUUUCCGUGCAGUGCUCUGCUGCAUGCAUCUUAAAGGGAAGCUGCAAAUUGUGUCUAAUGUUCUUUCCAAAUCACUGAUGGGUGAAUCAUUGAACGGGAUGGUAACUAAAGAUCUGACGCGAUUGAAAACACUUCUUGCUGAGACAGAGGCAGCUGGUAAAGUACCAUCAGGAUACCAUGUAGAAGAUAUAGAAGAAGGGUCCCGGGAUGGCUGGCAAUUCCGCCCUCCACCAAGGGGAGUCACAAGCAGUGAAGAAUAUACACUAUGUAAAAGAUUUUUAGAGCAAGGGAUCUGCAGGUACGGUGCACAGUGUACUUCAGCACAUUCCCAGGAAGAGCUAACAGAAUGGCAAAAACGAUAUGCCUCCCGCUUGAUCAGAUUAAAACAGCAGAAGGAAAACAAACAAUGUUCGGGCAGUUAUAUGGAAACCUUGAUUGAGAAAUGGAUGAAUUCGUUAUCUCCUGAGAAAGUGCUUAGUGAAAGUGUAGAAGGAGUGAGAGUAGAACAUAAUCCUGAGCUAUCAGUAACUGUCACCACCAAAAAGUCUCAUCAGACAUGGACAUUUGCUCUCACUUGUAAGCCUGCAAGAAUGCUGUAUCGAGUGGCAUUACUUUAUGAUGCCCAUCGUCCACAUUUCAGUAUCGUUGCAAUAUCUGCUGGAGACAGCACUACCCAGGUAUCACAGGAAGUUCCAGAAAACUGUCAGGAAUGGAUAGGAGGAAAGAUGGUCCAGAAUGGAAUAGAUCAUUAUAUAUACAAAGUCAGUAUAGCCUUUAACACAGAAAUCUUUGGAACUUUUCGCCAAACUGUUGUGUUUGAUUUUGGAUUAGAACCAGUCCUCAUGCAACGAGUAAUGAUUGAUGCUGCUUCAACAGAAGAUCUUGAAUACCUGAUGCACGCACGGCAACAGCUGCUAACCACAGCUAAGCGUUGGGAUUCUACUUCUAAGACUAUUGUAGAAUUUGAGCCUAAUGAAACUACUGAAUUGGAGAAGAGCCUUCUUACCAGAUACCAAAUUCCUCUAUCUGCUGACCAGCUAUUUACACAAUCUGUCCUGGACAAAUCAUUGACCAAGAACAACUAUCAGUCACGGUUGCAUGACCUCCUUUAUAUUGAGGAAAUAGCACAAUAUAAGGAAGUUAGCAAGUUCAACAUAAAAGUGCAAUUGCAGAUUGUAGCAAGCUUCAUGCUUACUGGUGUUUCUGGAGGUGCAAAGUAUGCCCAAAAUGGACAACUUUUUGGCCGCUUUAAGCUCACUGAAACGCUUUCGGAAGACACUUUGGCUGGACGGCUGGUGAUGACCAAAGUCAAUGCUGUUUAUUUAUUGCCUGUCACUAAAGAGAAGUCAGCACAGACCCAAGGAACCAAAGAGAAGGUUUAUGAAGCAGCUAUUGAAGAGAAAACAAAGGAUUAUAUCUUCUUGAGAGUAUCCAGGGAAUGCUGCGAAGAACUUAAUCUUCGGGCAGAUUGUGAAAUGCAGGUUGAACUUCAGUUUCAGUUAAAUCGCUUACCCCUCUGUGAAAUGCAUUAUGCCUUGGACAGGAUUAAGGACAACAGUAUUUUGUUUCCAGAUGUCAGCAUGACUCCCACCAUACCCUGGAGUCCCAACAGACAAUGGGAUGAGCAGUUGGACCCUCGACUAAAUGCAAAACAGAAAGAGGCUGUUCUGGCUAUCACUACUCCACUUUCAAUACAACUGCCUCCUGUUCUUAUCAUCGGUCCCUAUGGGACAGGAAAAACAUUCACUCUGGCUCAGGCAGUCAAGCACAUACUUCAACAACAGGAUACUAGCAGGAUUCUCAUUUGCACCCAUUCUAAUAGUGCUGCUGAUCUCUACAUAAAGGAUUAUUUACAUCCAUAUGUAGAAGCAGGCAAUCCCCAGGCAAGACCUCUCAGGGUAUAUUUCAGAAAUCGCUGGGUAAAGACUGUCCACCCAGUUGUGCAUCAGUACUGUUUGAUUUCAAGCACACAUUCCACCUUUCAGAUGCCACAGAAGGAAGACAUUCUUAAGCAACGAGUAGUAGUUGUUACUUUGAAUACAUCACAGUAUCUAUGUCAACUGGAUCUUGAACCAGGGUUUUUUACACACAUUCUGCUAGAUGAAGCUGCACAGGCUAUGGAGUGUGAAACUAUUAUGCCUCUAGCAUUAGCUAAUAAAAAUACAAGAAUUGUCUUGGCUGGAGACCAUAUGCAGCUCAGUCCUUUUGUCUACAGUGAAUUUGCCAGGGAAAGAAACCUUCAUGUUUCAUUGCUUGAUCGGCUCUAUGAGCACUACCCUGCUGAAUUUCCAUGCAGGAUCUUGCUGUGUGAGAACUAUCGCUCCCAUGAAGCUAUCAUCAAUUACACAUCUGAACUGUUCUAUGAAGGCAAAUUGAUGGCAAGUGGAAAGCAGCCAGCCCACAAGGAUUUCUACCCUUUGACUUUCUUCACAGCACGUGGAGAAGAUGUUCAGGAAAAAAAUAGUACAGCGUUUUACAAUAAUGCAGAGGUGUUUGAAGUAGUAGAGCGUGUUGAAGAAUUAAGAAGAAAAUGGCCGGUUGCCUGGGGCAAGUUGGAUGAUGGCAGUAUAGGGGUUGUAACGCCUUAUGCUGAUCAAGUGUUCCGAAUUCGGGCUGAGCUUCGGAAAAAAAGACUGUCUGAUGUCAGUGUAGAAAGAGUGCUGAAUGUUCAGGGAAAACAGUUUAGAGUUUUGUUUCUCAGCACAGUACGAACACGGCAUACGUGCAAACAUAAGCAAACACCAAUUAAAAGGAAAGAGCAGUUACUGGAGGACUCAACGGAAGACUUGGAUUAUGGUUUUCUGUCUAAUUACAAACUUCUCAACACUGCCAUUACAAGAGCACAGUCCUUGGUAGCUGUGGUGGGAGAUCCUAUUGCUUUAUGUUCCAUUGGAAGAUGCAGGAAAUUUUGGGAAAGGUUUAUUGCCCUAUGUCAUGAGAAUGAAAGUCUUCACGGUAUCACAUUUGAACAGAUCAAAGCUCAGUUGGAAGCUUUGGAGUUAAAGAAAACGUAUGUGUUGAACCCACUGGCUCCUGAGUUUAUCCCCCGGGCUCUUCGACAUCAGCAUUCAGCAAAUACCACCAAACAGCAGCAGUCACCACCAAAGGGCAAGGUCCAUCAUCAUAACCAGAAUGACCAUUUCCCACCUGAUGGAAUUGUUCAGCCCAACCCUUCUGUCCUAAUUGGAAAUCCUAUCCGAGCAUAUACUCCUCCCCCUCCUCCUCUGGGACCUCACCCCAACCUGGGGAAAUCUCCAAGUCCUGUUCAAAGGAUAGAUCCACACACUGGGACAAGUAUUCUUUACGUACCUGCUGUCUAUGGAGGAAACAUGGUCAUGUCUGUGCCUUUGCCUGUACCAUGGACGGGGUAUCAGGGUAGGUUUGCAGUUGACCCUCGAAUCAUUACUCAUCAAGCAGCUAUGGCAUAUAAUAUGAACCUGUUACAGGCGCAUGGGCGGGGGUCUCCUAUACCUUAUGGCCUGGGACAUCACUCACCAGUUAGCAUAGGACAACAGCAGCAGCUUCAGCAUCAAGACAAGGAGCAACAUGAACAAAGUCGAAAUGGUAAAAGUGAAAACAAUUCUGGACCUGAAAUCAGUAAAAUUCGGACACCUGAGAAGAAACCUGUGGAAUCCAAGCAGGUUGACUUGGAAGCAAAUUCUCAUAAUAGAAGCCCGGAGUCACGUUCCAGCGUUGGUUAUCCUAAUGCUAAAUUUCAUCGCAAAGAUAAUCUUAACCCCAGGCAGCUGAAUCUCCAUCUCACCCCUCCCCACUCCCAGUAUCCUGUUCCCAGUCGCCACUUCCAGCACCUCUCACAGAUACCAAGGCAGCCAUAUCCUCUGCAACAGCAGCAAAACCUUUUAACUCAACAACAAAAUCAUUUACCUGAACAACAAAACCAAUUGCCACCCCAGCAAAGCCAGGUAGUUCAGCAGCAUAAUCAUUUGAAUCAGCAGCCUCCACAACCUUCGCAGCUUUCCCCUGCUUACCAGGCAGGCCCCAGCCAGUCUUUUUUUAAUAACCCAGUUCCCCACCGACCACAUUCUCCUGCUGUAGAUGCUGUGAUUUCAGAACAACACCCCCCACCUAUGUUACAAGAAGUCAGUAAUCCUUUGAGGCCUAUUGCACAGCACAACCCAGUUCUGCCAACCCACUUGAACAGCUUCAUUGAAGAGAAUCCAUCAGGAAUGCCCAUAGGGGACACCCUAGAUCGCAUGCAUGGAAAUGUAGCUUUGGAAACAAUAAGGCAGCAGCAACAAGCCAGGUUGCAGCAGUGGAAUGAACACAAUGCCUAUCUCAGUCAAGGCAGUAUUCCAUAUCAACACCAUCACCAUCCUCACCUACCACAUCUUCCCCAGCAGCCCAUUGGAUUGCAUCAACAGCAGCAAGUUAGGGCAAACUGGAAACUUGCCAGUAACACAGAAGAUGAAACAGAGGCAACAUAUACAAGAUUCCAGGAUUUGCUCAGAGAACUGUCACACCGUGAUCAAAGUGAAAGUCGGGACUUAGCUGAAAUGCCACCCCCUCAGUCAAGACUGUUGCAAUACAGACAAGUUCAGCCCAGAAGCCCACCAGCACUCCCUUCUCCUUCCUGCAACUCUAAUCACAGUGGUCACUUUCCUAACUUCACUGAAAACAACAGAGACAUUGAAAUACCCAGUAACCCAGCAUUUCAGCAGCAUUUACCCCAAAUAUACAAUCCCCCUUUCUCAAUGCCAUCUGAACAUAUAACCCCAUCUCCCUUGAAAUACCUGCAACCUGAUGGAUCAUGGACUUAUGCUAACCUACAGCAGAAUCACCUAAUGGGGCAGGGCUUUCAUUAUGGUAUACCUCCAUUGCCCCAUAGAUCACAGCAAAACCCUUUUAUACAAAUACAGAAUCAUCAGCAUGCAGUUGGUCAGGAGCCAUUUCAUCCACUCACAUCUCGAGCAGUAUCUGCUUCUUCGCUCCACAGCUUAGAAGAGUAUGAACCAAGAGGACCAGGCAGGCCGUUGUACCAAAGAAGAAUUUCCUCUAGUUCAGUCCAGGCUUGUUCUGAAGAAUUAAGCACUCCUCAAGACAGUCUUGGUCAGUGUAAAGAGCUUCAGGACCACAGUACCCAGCCCUCUUUCAGCUACUCGCCCCCCGAGCUGUGGGUGACCUCCUCCUCGGCCGCCCCUUUCCCAAACAUUCCAUGCAACGGCUCCGGCCCCGGCUCCAGCUCCGGCCCCGGCCCUGGCCGCCCCGCACCGCCCCGCGAGCUCCUCGCUCCGCCGAAGACGGUCAAACCCCCCGAGGAACACCUGAAGGCCGAGAGCAUCCAGCUCUCCAACUCCUUCAACUACAGCGUGCUGCAGCAUCUCGGCCAGUUCCCGCCGCUCAUGCCCAACAAGCAGAUCGUCGACUCCAGCAGCAGCAGCAGCCAGCAGCCCGCCGGCGGCAGCAAGCCCGUCAUGUCCUACGCCAGCGCCCUGCGGGCCCCGCCAAAGCCCAAACCCCCUCCGGAGCAGACGAAAAAGAAUAGCGACCCUUUGUCUUUGUUUCAGGAACUUAGCCUAGGUAGUUCAUCAGGUAGCAAUGGCUUUUACUCCUAUUUUAAAUAACCAGAAUAUUUUUUUUAGAGAGAAUUUAAUUUUUAUUUGUGUCGGUAGAUCCAAGAUAGUUGGGGCUUCACCUGUAGUUGCAAAUACUCCCUUUGUUUAUAUUAGUAAAUAUAUCCUCACUUAAUUGCUUUGCUGCUAGACUUGCAACUAAUUUUUUUGUAAUUAAUUAUAUUCCAUUACUUUGCAUUUUUUGAUGUGGGUCGGAUUUUUGGAAGCUUUUCUGUAGGAAAAACACACACCUUAUUUUUUAAUUUUUGUAAUGUUACCGAUGUGUUGCAUUAAACUAGCAGCUGAGAGGUUACCUGUGCAACUUAAAAAAAAAAAAAAAAAAGAAAAGAAAAAAAAAAGAAAAAAAGGAAAGAAAAAAAGAAAAGAAAAAAAGAAAAAAGUUUGUCUAAAUUGUAUUUAAAAAGAUUGUAAGUAGCAUUUACAUUUAUUCAAUAACAUUAGCAUACUAUGCUGGGUUUCUGUACCAGAAAUGGCCAGUUAAUGUAAAAAUGUAUGUUAUUUCUGCUUAAAUUCAUUUAAUUUUUUUUUAAUAAAGGUGCAGCAUCUUCUAAAUACUUUCAGUUUUAUCAGCUUUUUUGUGAAGGGAUGCUGCAUUCUCAGACUUUUAUAGUUUUAGAUUCUGUAUGAUGUGGUAUUGUAUUUUCCAUCCACUGUAGGGUAAAGUAAAGGCAUUCUUUGCAGACACCUAUGCCAUUGUUUGGAAACAUUCAGAUAAAAAGUAUUGGUAUACUUUAAAAAAAAUACUCUACAUUUUAUUUUUGGACAAGCUAGUAAUAUAAGCUUGUUUGAAAAGUUAAUUUGAUAGGUUUUUUAAAUGAAUCAUGAAGCUGAAAAUAAAUUUUUAGGUAUGUUGGUGCUUAGUAGAUUUAAUAACUAUUUUAAAAAAAAUUGCGUGAAUUUAGUAAAAUACUUUUUUGUUUGUUUGUUUAAUUUUUUUUUCACUAUGCAUGUGUAAAUGUUUGUAAUCUGGCUUUUUCCUCCCCCCUUCUCCAGUGGUAUAAAGAAUUGUGCCGCUUUAAUUUUUUUUUUCCGGUAAAACUUUUGGUACAUUAUUUGAUGUUUACAUUAAAAUGUGACAUUAUACAAGGAAAUUCAGAUAUUUUGCUAACUGUUUUGUUUGAGGAACAUCAUUAAAGAAGAGAUUUAAUGUUUGUCAAAGCUGCAUCCAAAUUAAUCCAAAUCUGUGCGGGAUAAUGGCUUUCAGGUUGUUUAAGUAUAUGAGUUCUAAGUUCUUCACAAACCUGGCCCUUCAGGAGUACGUGCUAAAAAUAAAAUCCUACGGGAUAUGUAAAACUUAAAGGAACAAGUCCGAGUGGAAACUCGGAAGAUAACGUUGUCCAGAAGGAGCUCUGCUCUGGCACACUGCUCAUACUUCUGCAGCUGGGGAGAUGGAGAGGGGUUUGUAUAGUUUCUCCGGAUAAGUAGUCCUCCUUUUACACUUGAAGAGAUAACUUUAAAUCUGGGAAAUAUUUAAUUUUUACUGGGACUGGGCCGGGUGUAUUUACAAUGUUCCUCCAUUUAUGACAUGCAAGAACUGAAGUUUUCGAGCUGUGUGGGGUGGUUUCCGAUCGGUGCAGCUGUCCGUGGGGCACCUUCCUAACGCGCAGGGGCUGCUGCUGUAUUCAAUCAGAUUUUUGCUCUGGUUACAAUCAGUUUUCUGCAUUUGGCUUCAUGUUGUAAGGUAAGGGUCUUUACGUAAUAAGGUUGAUUUAAACUCAGUACACUGCAGAGGUUUGCAUAUAAAUUUUUUAUUAUAAGUCUUUGCUGGUUCAUGGUUCAGAAACUUAUCUGAAAAGCAAUUUUUUUUUUUUUUUUUGUGCUGUGAAGAGAAAGAUGCAUAACUGGUUAAUUUAUUUCCUAAUGUCUAAACCAAACGAGAGAUGCUGGGGGAGGGGAGAGCCCCUGCCGAUUGCUGCUUGGCACUUCAGCAUGUGGCAUCACGUCUAGAGGACCCAAAAUGAGCAAAGACCAAAUUCUGCAACCUGGAAUCAGGCAAAACCCCCGUGAGCUUACAGGGGGUUUUGCUGAAUUGAGGGCUGCAGAAAUAGGUCCAUGGGAGAUUAUUUGCAAGGGCCAGACGCGUGCUCGGUGUGAGUUAGCCUCUCCUUUCGUUGGAGCAGAGCCGUGCCGGUUCCCGCAGCGUCUCUGCGCCCGACGGUGCCGUCUGCGGCGAGCUGGGGGCAGGACGUGCGGGGCUGCGACGAAGUUCAGGCAGGGCUCAAACGCACCUCUCCUCGCCGAGCUGGCAUUGUAAUUUCAGGGGUUUCGAAAUCACUCAUUUAUAUGGAGCAGUCUUUUGAUUCUGUUCACCAUAUUUGAAUAUUAAACUAAUAAACGUCACUUGUUAAUUUA